CUUUAAUCAAACCGAAACAGUACUUUACUUUCACCCAUUUCCUUUAUCUACGUAAAAAAAUCUGUCAACCUCAAAAACACCCGCUAAAACUCAAGAACACAGCGGAAGGGAAAUCAAAACGACCAUUCUCAAUCAAGUCACGAUGGUAACCGCCGGCGAAGGAUCGAGUCUUUCAGGACGUUCUUCCUCUUCGAAGCAUUUAGAAAUCAAGAAGUGGAAUGCCGUCGCUGUCUGGGAUUGGGAUGAGUACGAAACCCUAACAUCGAUUUUUCGUGGUAUUUUGUUAGUUGAUAUGCCAUUUCGUGCAGGUGGUGCGCUUAAGAAAUGCGUGAUCUGCCUCAAUCGCCUCACGGAUCCGUGUAACGCUUGCCAAUUUGAUAUUGUUUCCAACGUCAAAUGUACCGUGGCUUGUGGUAAAGAAUGUCAAGCUAAGCAUGUUAGCACCAUCAGCAAGAAGUGUACUGUGUCUGUGGGUAUGUGUAGGCAUGCUUAUCACUCUCACUGCAUUAGCACCUGGUUCGAGACUUAUAGCAAAAUGUGCCCUCUUGACAGACGUGUGUGGGAGCUCAAGGAACAUGGUCGUUAGAGGUAAAUGUAGAAGUUACUGGAAGGGACACAUUAGGCUGUUGUUUGUUGCCCUUUUUUGUAGCAACAUUUGAUCUUAGGAUUUUAGUACAACAAACAUGUGUUCUCAGUAUUUAGUUAAUUGUCAAGAAGUAUUGUUUGCUUUUUUUUUGUUGCUCUGUUCUGGCUUAUUUUAAUGGACUUACUUUUUCAUCGACCAUAUCUUUUAUUGUGAUCUUAUAGACUCAAGACUACCCUAGUUUGAAUUUAUC